AAGAAGACUCUGAAGAAGGUAACAUCGAUUCAUAACAUGCAAAGGCGUCAGUCUUUAGAGAACACUGGACAUGGAAAGUUUGAAAUAUGACCGAGCUAUUAUACCGAUUCUAAACAUGAUUAUGAAGGAUUGGAAAAAAAUAAAAAAUGAUCAGGAGAGAAAUUUAAUGAUACGAAGAGCACAAACUGCACGAAUAAUUAUUACUUGUUCCUACUGCAUAAUAGCAUUACAAUGGACUUUCAUUUCUGUACUGCCAAUUUUUGGAGUGACAAUGAGACUGACAUCCAAUAUUACUGAUCCAGGAAGGAUGCUAAUGCCUUUACAAUCUCACUAUAUUUAUGAUAUAACAAAAAGUCCGCAAUAUGAAUUAACAUUUAUUAGUCAAGCAGUUUAUUUAGUUAUCGCCAUGAUGACUUAUAGUGGAGUGGACAAUUUUCUCAGUCUCGUGGUUUUUCAUAUAUGCGGACAAUUGGAUAUUCUUGCGAAUCGUAUGCAACAUUUGGAUAAAUACAAAAAUUAUCCCCAAGUACUGAAAUGCUGCAUAGAAAAACAUAUUCAUUUACUUAGGUUUGUAACUUGUAAGAAAACAUAUAUGUAUAACAUAUGGCGAAGAGUGAGCGGGGGUACAAGGUUUACGCAGAUCAUACGGGAGAAGGAUGAAGAUCGUCUACGAUGCCGACGAGCUUCGUUGCUGUACGGUUUACCUGUUGAUAGUCUCGAGGUCGAUCUAACACAAGAGAAUUGGCGAUUAAGAGCGGGCUUCCGCCAAGCGGUAUAUUCUCGGUGA